AUGAAAGGCUCUGGUCUCCCCCUCUGCCUUCUGACGGCUGUGUUUUAUCUCUUCUGGACACCUUCUGCUGGGCUGAAGACACUCCAUGUGGGGAGCUGUGUGAUCACCACAAACCUUCAGGAGAUGCGAAAGGGAUUUUCCGAGAUACGGGACAGAGUGCAAGCCAAAGAUGAAAUCAUUGACUUCAGCAUCUUGAGCAAGUCUGAAUCUUUGCAAGACACAAAGCCUGCAGAUCGGUGCUGCCUCCUCCGUCACAUACUGAGACUCUACCUGGACACGGUAUUCAAAAACUAUCAGAUCCCUGGCCACCAUAUCCUCCCGAAGAUCAGCACUCUCGCCAACUCUUUUCUUACUAUCAAGAAGGAAAUCCGGCUAUGUCAUGCACGUAUGAUAUGCCCUUGUGGGGAGGAAGCAACGGCGAAAUACAGCCAGAUUCUGAGUCGCUUCAAAAUGCUUCAGCCUCAGGAAGCGGUGGUGAAAGCUUUGGGAGAGGUAGACAUACUCCUGCGAUGGAUGGAUGAGAUGGAAUAG